AUGAACCAACUCGAUCCUAGUGCCUUAUCCCAAAUUGCUUCAUUCCUUACUGUAGAUGAUAUUGAUGCUUUCAAAUUUAUAAACCGAAAGAAUGUGGCAGUCUUCGGAAGUGGUAUAAAAUCUCAAUCGUUGGUGAAUCGGGACUUUUCCUAUCUUUUUGAUGAGCAUCAUGAGAACAGUGAUUUGGAAAGGGAGUGGUCAAUCUUUGAAGAUCGUAAUAUACCAUCCAUUCUGAUUCAAUUGAAUUUUUUAGAGGAUGAUUUUCCAAUCCCUCAUGUAUUGAGAUUCUUUAGACAUUUAGUUGGAGAAAAGAAUUUUAAACAAUGGAGUAGUACAGAAGCCGAUAUUAUCAUUAAUUGGGGUUCGGAGGGAAGAAGUUCAAUGGAUUUAAUAUUUAAGGAAAUUGAUGCUCUUUCGUCUAUUAAUUUGAAAGGCAUGGAGGCAGAGAAUCAGGAACAAACAGUAAGAGAAAUGAUCUCAAAUUGGAGAGAAAAUAAGAGGUUUUUCAUAAGUGAAAACGAUGUUCUAAACCCUUUCCGAGUUUUUAAAAAGAUUAAGAUCAAAAUUCAAGGGUUUCAGGAUAAAUUUUCAAAUCUGUAUGAGGAACACCCGAGACCAAUUCGUUGUAAAAAUUGCAUCCAUGUAACAAGUUCCCAUCCCAAAACAUUUUUCAAUGAAUAUGACGUGAUUAUGUUUAAUGGUUCCAUCAAACAUGAUUAUAAAACAUGUAAAACAUUUGACAAUCUUCCAAGAGACAAGUUUGAAAAGUUUGAUGAAAAAUGCAGGCUUAUUCUCUAUAGUAUAGUUAGAUUCAAGUUGAUUCCAUUAAUGGAAGAGUUUUCUAUUGACUUGAAAACCAUUGUAGACAAGAAUACUAUUCAUUCUAUUACAAAAUUUAUAGAGAAAAAGGACCUAAGUGAUGCAGAAAAACAGCACAAGUUGUUUUUAUUCUUUACCACACAAUAUAACAUUUUAGAGGCUUACAGAAACAGAUACUUAAAAGGAGAUAUUUCACCACAAAUAUUUGUUGAUAAGGAAAUGCAGGACUUGGAGGUUGUACUUGAGUGUUGCUACUUUGAUCUGAUAAGACUAAACUUUGAGAGCAUGAAUGAUUUACAGCGACAGAUGUUUUUUGAAACAUUUACAAAAUCAUUUUUAAAAUCUCAACUAAUGAUAUCGGAUGAAUUAUUGGAAGAAUAUGGCAAAGCAACUAAUCAAAAAAUAGAGAACCGAUUUAAAUUGGAGAAGAAAAAGGAAAAUGUAAAACUAGUAUUUCAGACUCUGGAAUUUCAAAGAGUUAUUGGAAUUGUUAGAAACAAUAUUUUACAAUUUCCAAACAAGAAAACAUCUUCAUGUUUUAAAUCUAUUGAGCUAAGUAGACCUCAAAAUCAAAAAAUGAUUUUUGACACCAAAACAGGCACACUGAACAAGUGCAUUUCCAAGUUUUGCUGCUCGCAUUGGUUAACUAGUUUAUGUAGUCUCACUACAGUGUUAACAUCUUGGUGCUGUACAUAUCCGUGUUGCAACGAUCCCAAAAGAUUUUCAAAAAGUAUAAAUAUGAUAGAAUAA